ACAACAUAUGCGUUUUGAUUGUCGCCGAGUUCGCACGCUUCAAAAGUCGUCGUGAAUGCGAUCGUGAGAGAAACAACGGUCUGCGGGGGACUUUGUAAUAAUUAGUGUAAUCAGCCAACGAUCAAUCAAUGUGUUAAUACUCAUUACUUAGUGUUAAUUGAGCAAGUGCCAAAGUGAGAACAAAAAUGCAGCAACGAAACCGGCAAACGACGUGCAACAUUAAUAACAGCAACAAAAACAAUACCGGCAAAAUGUUUUGCAGUCUGUUACUGCUAAGCAGUUGCUUAGUCGCGAUACGCGCUUCUUCUUUAAUUCCCCCCCGCACGCAACAGCUCUUUGUUCUGCAGAGCGCGGUGAGUUUAGAGAAACUCAACACAGCAGCCAAAGCCGAAGAGGUGAGUUACAAUUUUGAAACGCAGCUCAAAGUGAAUUCGGUUUGGAGCCAGGAUGAAUCGCAACUGCUGGAAAUUCACCACAGUAAGCAUUACGUUGCAGCGCCGGGCAAAGCAAAGCGUUCGAUUACGUCUCUGCCCGAUCGACCUUUCUACAUAGCGCUGGUCAAAGGGCAGCCGGAGCAGUUGAUAGCGCACACGUCGCGCGAUCAAUCGCUGCUCAAUCUGGAACGCGGCGUCGCCUCGCUGCUGCAGCUGCGUCGUUCCAGCGGCGAAGCCGACACUGAAUUGGAUGUCUCUGGACAUUGUCGCGUGCGUUACAACUUUAAAUCCACCACUCGUGUGGAGAAGCAUAAAACGGAUUGUGCUCUCUGGGAUCUGCGAGUCAGUUAUCAUCCCGAGCAAGCGCUCGGUGUCUCACAGAAUUCCCAGGAACAAGUUGAUUACGAACUGUCGGCAGAUGGCGCUUUGUUGCGUGCCGAGUCUAAGGAGACGCAUCGUUUGACACUCGCUGCCAAACCGGAUGUGGGCAGCUUGGUGCGCGGCAAUCUGCGACUGCAACAUCUGGCUGAAGGGGCGGAGCAGGUGCCGCAACUGGAUCAUGCCACACUGGAAGCAGCCGUGGAAAGUCUGCUGGAAUGGUAUCGCGUUUUUCCGUUGGAAGCCGAUGUAGAUGGCGCUAUUGGUGAACUGAAGAAGCAAACGCUACUGGAGCAAUUUGAGCAAAGCGCGGAGCAACUGCAAGAGGAGGACGUGGGCAAAUCCUCGCUAGCGUUGGCCUACGCUCAACUGUUGCCAUUGGCUCGACUCACAAAGCAGCUGGAGUUCGAGGAAUUGCUGCAGAUGCAUGGAAAGUUGGCCACACAGCUGGUGGAUCUACUGGGAGCUGUGCAAACCUACGACGCACACAAUGCAACCUUUGGACAUUUCUAUAAAGGAGCAGAGACAUCGCAGGAAUCGCUAGAGCUGCUGGAAAAGUAUCUGCAAUCUUUGGCAGUGGCCACGCAUCCGGAGCGUGCGAUACUCGAGCAUUUAUUCGGCUGGCUACAGCAGCAGGAGAAGAUUGGCGGAGCCAAGCAGUCGAAACUACGCGAUAGCGUGCUCCAAACUCUGGCGACGCUCACGCGUCAAAGUGGCCUCGAUGCGAAUGAUGCACUGCUGCAGCAGUUGAGGGAUUUACUCAUCGAUGGGCUGAGCUCCAAGGAUGCCAGCUUGUAUGUGCGUGCGUUGCAGAAUCUGCGUGACCCGCUGACUAUCGAUGUGCUGUUGAAGCAGGCAACGGAAUCAAAGGAUGCCAAGAUAACUGUGGCUGCUCUGCAGGCACUCAAAUCCUUCACAGCUGCCAAUUUUGCGACGCCACAUCGUCAGCUAUUCGAGAGCAUUUUCUAUCAGCGCCAGCGACGCUUCGAUAGCUCCGCUCGUACCUUGGCUUUGGAUGUGCUUCUGGCCAUGCGUCCGAGUGCCGAGCAAUUGGGUCAACUGCUUGACUAUCUCGCUUCUAAUGAUCGUCAGUUUGAGCUCAAGACUUAUGUGCUGCAGAAGCUGCGCAUGCUCGCCGAGAUCUGUCCACGUUUUCGGGGCAUGUUCCGCUCCGCAUUGGCACAGCGAGAGCAUGUGAACAACUACAAUGUGCUGGGACAGCGAGGUCUCACCACUGUGCUCACUCGCCAGCUGUCGCAGUCGCCUGCUUUCAAUGAGACAUUGCUCAGCACCCAGGAGGUUUAUCAGGGCAUCCUUAAACGCGGAUCGGUUGAGUUUUUGUUGCACGCUGGCCGCGAGCAAGCGAGCAGCUUUAAGCUGGGCAUCUACACCGCUGGCUUGGGUUCGUUGGUGGGCGAUAGCGAUGAGGCGGUGGAUGAUGGCAUUCCGGCUGAUGAUGAGCUGCAGAGCGAAGAAACUGUCACCGCUGGCAUGGAGAUUAGCGUGCAGGGCGCUCAGCUGCGUCCGCUCAUCUUCUUCAACGGUCAAACCGAGCUCAUGGGUCAUGUUUGGGGUGGCAGCGCCUCGGACUCGACGCCAGCUUAUCAGGCCACAACAUUGGGUCAGGAUCAUGAGCAUUACAUUGUGCUGGCAUCGGGCGCUACGUUGCAUUGGCGUGUUUUGGGUGCACGCAGCGUGGAUCUCAAUGGCAAAGUGGGUUUCAGUUUGUGGAAUCGCAAUGCGCAAACAGAGAUACAGCAAAACACUGGCAGCGCUGUUGUGGGUCACAUUGCUGUGGGCUUCACCUAUGCUAAACUGGUGCAGGAUUUCACACUCACCCACGAGCCAAAACUCAGUCUUCAAGCUGAUCUGGACUUUUACAGCGGCAUUAAGCUCUGCAUGCAACUGCAGCGUCCAGAGCAGCUUUUAACCUAUUCCAAUGUCCGCUCCGUUUAUCUACAAAAUGUGGAACCAGCUUAUGCCAAGCAUUUGCGUUCAACUCUCACACACAAAUCGGCGGGUCGCACGUUUGCCUUGAAUCAGAAGAACAACGAGAUGUGCAACCAGAUAAUUGAAUCCUGAGAUUAAAAAUUGCAUUUAUCAACAAUUCAAUUGCUAAUUUGUAUAUAUCAAAGUGCAGAGAUUAAGACUCACAAUAGAGAUUAUUAAAUUUCAAAUAACUACAACUAAAAUU